AUGUACAACGCUCGCCACCUCUCCUUCUUGGCGGUGGUCGCCUGCUUCGUCCUUGGGCUGACGAUUCGGCCUUCCUCCGCCGUCUCGGUGUCAGUGUGCACGAGCGGAUGCGACUACGCCAACCUCACCUCUGCCUUCGCCAGCCUGUUGCAACAAGGACCCAACGUCACGAACGUGGUCAACGUCGCUGCGGGCACCUACAACGAGAACGGUCGCGUGUCUUCUUACUCCGUCAUCUUGAACAUUGAUCCAGCUGGCGUCACGCUGGUGACGACGAACCGAUGGACCUCCCUGGUAAACGUGGUUGGUGCUCUGACCAUCCAAGGCGGUCCUCUCACCAUUUACGGCUUGGGACUUAGCGUGGAAUCAGGCAAAGGUCCGUUCAACCUCGCCACCCCGCUCACCCUCAUCGACUGCUACCAGGGUCUUUCGCUGGGCUAUGGUGUGGUCUUCAACCAAAACGCGCCUCUCAACAUCACCUUGGCGGGUGACAGCAUGAGCAACUAUGCAUUCUAUGUGUACGACCACACGACGUGGAUUCAAGAGGGUGACGUCUAUGUGGAAGCCUACGACGCCACAGCUAUCUAUCUCGUGGACGGAAGCUAUUGGAACCAAACCGGCACCGUCACCGUCGCCCUUGGCCAGUCCGCUGAUGGGGUGUACGUUUCCAAGUCGGUUUGGUUGCAGGGGAACUCGAUCACCGUCACGGGAACCAACAAAUCAGAGACGGACAAAACGGGCGUGUACAUCAGCGGGGGAAUCUGGAAUCAGACAGGCCCGGCCUCGAUUGACCUCGGUAAAAGUUCUACCGGCGUUGUAUUGUCCUUCAACGCUUCAUGGACUCAAACUGGCGAUGUCACCAUUCUCAACUACAUCUACGGCAGCGGUGUGAACUCCUACACUUCCGUUCCAUCUUCGUCGUGGUUCGCGCAAGGGAACACCACGAUCAAUGCCGAGACCGGCGGAAUAGGAGUCAACUUUCAGGCCGAAGAUGUGCUCUUGGUAUCAGGCACCAUAUUCGUCUCUGCUGUCAACCAGACAUGUGCCGUAAGCUAUGAGCCAGCGAUCAGCUGUAACAACUGCACGGGUGCUUACAACAUCUCCAUCUCUGCUGGCAACACCGCCCUCACCCAGCAGGAGCCCGUCGGCGAGUCCCUCGCGCACGACCCAGUCCCCCACGCCCUCCACCACGCCCACCAGCUCGGCCACGCCCUCCGUCACGAGGACGCCCUCCGUUACGCCCAGCCCAAGCCUCACGCCCAGCCCCACCAGCUCGGCGACUCCAUCGACAUCGAGGACGCCCUCCAUCACCCCGACACCAAGCGCCACACCGAGCCCGAGCAGGUCAGCCACUCCAUCGAUCUCGGUGACGCCUUCGCCGAGCCCUUCACUGCCUCCCUCGCAGAUCCAUCAAAGAAGGGCUGCAUUCUCGGCAUCCUCUGUUGA